AUGGUUUCGUACGUGGCGUCGCGACUUAUCAUGUAAGUAUUGGCGCGGUUUUCGAUUCUCUUUUUUUUCAAAAUAAAGUAAAUGCGAUUAUCUCCUAUUCCAUUCAAACAGGCUCGUGUUUGGAACUCUCUAUCCGGCGUAUUAUUCAUAUAAAGCUAUCAAGACAAAGAAUGUCCGCGAAUAUGUAAGAUAUCUCUUUCCUAUGAGUAUCUGCUCUUUGUUUUCAUGCUUCCAUUGUAAUGUUUUCCUAUUUUUUCCUGUCCUGCUCGAUAGAUGUUUUUGGAAUGUUGUUUUUCGAUAGCGCUUUAGACUCGACAUUGUGUUUUAAUAUCAGUGUUUACUAGUUUAAGUAAAGAUAAGGGUACAGUCUGGAAUAAUCAAAGUGUGAACAGUAGAGUUAGAACUCAUUAACUCAAGCUCUAAGCUUCUCGUGCUAAUUAAUUGUUCACCGUCACGAUGACGAGAAUUUUGAUUUGCAACCAUCGAGUACCUAGAUUUUAGCAUCCGGUUAUGUUCUAGCUUAAAACUGUAUGCUUGAUAAUUAUUCUGGCUUGUGUUUUCGCGUACAUUUAUUAACGAUCAGCAUCGAUUACGGCAGCGGAGGCAGGCCCACUAAGGAAACAGUCCUUGAGUAUCUUUGAAUUCAAACUAGAUUCAAUCUUGAGAGUGGUUAAGUUUAUAUAUCUUCAUUUUAUUGCACCAUUUAAGCUGGAUGGCGCCUCUUGGGACAUGAACCUUAUCACUUUAAACAAUUUAGGUCGCCCUGAUAUUAACGGACCAGUUCUACGUUAUACGUAUUGACUUGUGUCUGUCCAUUGUUGUGCUUGAACAUGCAAUAUAUGAAAGAUCUGCUUUUCCGUUUCAGCUCUUCAAAUAAAUUGGCUUAAAAUCUAGUAUGUAGCCUUGAAUUUCUGCCAAAAUCCAAUGAAAAUAUGUGGCUUAAAGUAAAAAAACACCAUUUAGAUCGCAUAUUCUAAUAUUACAGAUUAUUUGGUGCUGUAAUUGAAACAUUUAGCUGUGCAAACAAAAGAGCUAAGAGCUAGAGAUUUUGUCAGUAGAUCAGAGAAAAAUCUUCAAAGUGCUAAAGUUGAUUUCAUUUUUGGAAUCCAGCAUUCACCUCCACAUGAGAGAUACCUUAGAACUUUGUACCGGCUACAUAUUAACAUAUUUACACUUCAUAGCCAUUCUAUUUUUCUUUUUUAUUUGCCACUGUCAGUUUUCCUCAGCAGAGGUUUUCUCUUUCCCAGUCAUUCUUAAGAAAAAGAAAAUAGUAUGGUCAAUAUUUUUGUGACCUAAAGAGUGUGACUAGAUUAAAUGAUAGUAUUUUGCAAUCUUGUUUUUCAUUUGCAAAUGAGAAAAGACUCUGAUUUGCAUGGAAUGACAAAGGAUGUUGUCCGUGCAUGAAUUUGAAUGUAUGCUGGGCAAACAAUAUCGAGAUAAUACACAUUCCUAAUCAGCUGUCGUGUUUACAGUAUUUCUUAGAGUAUUAAAGGUGUUAAGCAGGCCAGUUCUUGUUUACUGUUUGGAUUAGCUUCAGUUUGUCUUAAAAAGAAAUAUUAAAACUGUAAUCUUGACACCCUUACAUAAAGCAACUGACACUGACAUAGGUGACCAAAGCAACUGAUGAAACACAUUUGUUUGUUGAGUACAAAUCCUUGCUUGAAAUUAACUGUUGCCAUGGGUCAAGGAAAAUUCUGUUACAACGAGGAAGACUCUGUUUUGCCUAUUUUGGGGGGGUUAUGUGAUAACAUGAAGUUAAUUAUCUUAACUAGUGUAAGAUUUUAGGAUGAAUCUUUUCAGUUUUUGCAGCCUAAUUACCAAAACUUUAACAGUAAUAGACUGAACUGCAAAGUGUUUGAUGUAUUAUAACAUUUUUCAUGAAAAUACAAAUAUGUUUAUAUAUAUUUAAAUGCAAAACUGUCUCUGUGUGUUUUCAGGUGAGAUGGAUGAUGUAUUGGAUAGUAUUUGCUCUCUUUAUCACACUAGAACUCUUUGCUGAUCUUCUACUUGGAUUUUGGUAAGUAUAUUUAUUCAUUCCAUACAUGUUUUUCAGGCUGUGGCUUUUCAAAGGAUUGAUAAUGCUGUUUACAUGGUUGAUCACCCACAGUAGAAAGAGGCUUUUCUAAUAAUGCUGUUUACAUGAUACACCAACCACAACAGAAAAUGGCUUUUCUAUGCAUGUUUCCUAUAGGAGCAGGACUUACAAGGAAAAUACAGCAUUGUCUACCCUUUUAAGGUUGUUUUGGGUUUGGAGGCCCUUUGAUACCAGCCCUCCUUUUCAAAGAAUAUAGCUUAAAUUUAGAAAGAAAAUUAUUGGUCCAUUCAAAAUAAGAUAAAAAAGAUAGGUCAAGUUUCUUUUUCCAAUGUAAUGAAAAUUUACCUUUCUUGUGAGCUAGUAGGCCACAAAAAUCAAUUAUUUUUUAUGUAACUAUGUAACAAAUAUGCACCAAAGAAUGCACAAGUCAGUGUGAAUGAAUACCAUCAACAACUCUGAUAACAAAGGGACCAGAGUAAGUGACAGAUAUGUAUGCAAAGGUUGAUAGAUGUCAAGGGAUCCUUUCUUUCCAUUUUAUCAGCAAUAAUAUUGUUUACAAGAUGUGCCUUUUUAUCUUCAAAUAAGAGCACCAUUAUUUUUUUCCUGUAUUUUAGUGCCAACCAAUUUCGAUUGUUUUGGAAAAUGAAAUUCAGUUUUGUUACCUGUUAACCCAAGAAGGCUUGAAAGCCUCUUUUUUUAUCUUCAAUCAGCAGGAAACUGUUAGUAAUAGCAUUCUAAAAAGUGUGUACUUGAUAAACACUUUAUCUGCUGUAUUCCUUUUCGUAUUGAGAAAAAGCUUAGCUGCAAAGCUUAUGCUAAAGGACUGUACUUUGCAAAUAAUAAGAAAGUUUACAUUUGUGGAAUACAAAACCUGCCAUGUCUAAGUGGAGCUCUCUAAUUUAGCAGUAUAAACCUCUGUCAGAGAUGAAAAUGUUUUCUAAAUCUACAAUCAUAUGAUGUAGAAUGAAGGUGAUUUUAGUGGACAUCAUUCCUUUAGGUGAGGACUUUCCUGGAGGUGAAAAAAAAGGAAUGUCAUUCUGGAUUGUGUUUAUUCAGUGUAGAGAAAAAAAUGACAUUUCAAUUUUGUGUUUCCAAACAAUUUUUUUUUUGUCUGCUUGUAGACUGGAUAUUAUAGGGUGUGGAAAGUAUUAUGAAUAAUUAUGUAAUUUUUAUGAUUUAAUUGUUGGGGAUGUACUGCAUUUCUUUUGUUGUUUCUUUUUAGGUUCCCCUUCUAUUAUGAAAUUAAGAUACUAUUCAUGCUUUGGCUUUUGUUACCAGCAACAAAGGUAAUCUUUGUAUCCAUGUUUUACAAAAACAUUAUUGGUUUUAGAAGCAUUCUUCUAUCAUCACUUACCUUCUUUCUCUUCUUGUAAAUCUCUUGGUUAAGAGAUUGUGUUUUAUGGCCACAAUGAGUAGAUUUUGUCAAGUUCAUAUAUUGAAUUUUAUUUUCUCCUCAGGGAUCCAGCAUUCUGUAUCGCAAAUUUGUGCAUCCAUGGUUAUCUCGCAAUGAAAAUGUUAGUAAAAAAGAUGUAUGCAUGGUUGAUGGUGAUGGUGUUUUUUUGCUAUUUGGUCUUUUCUGCAAACGUUAUUUUCAGUUGUGAAGUGGUUCCUCAGCUUUACUGGCUGCUUGCUGCAAUUUUUCAUUAGUUCUUAUUAUGUAUACCAGCAAACAAUUCAGCUUAACAAAUAGGUUCCAUGUUGCUGUAAAAUUCUACAAUCAUAUGUCACAGAUAAUGUCAAAAUGUGAUAAGAAAAAAGAAGGGGCAUGUAAAGUUUAACUUCUAAAACCAUAACCAAUUAAAACAAAGGCUAACUAGACAAGAGGCCCAGAGGCUCAUGCAAGGAAAGGUUCUAAUGUACAGGGAGAGGAAUGGUUUAAUUUUUGUAUUUCAUUGUUUGAGAAACUGGUGCCAGGUUUCCAGACCAACCUUAGGGAUUGGUUAAGCAAAGUCAAAGCAACCAGAUUACUUUUUCAAGACAGUUAACUCAAAAUUGCUCUGAAAAUUUUGUAACUUUAUUGAUUGGUUGUUAAUAAUUGAUUGCAUUUGUCUUUGUACUCUCUGCACCCCUACAGGACAUUGACAGUUACAUUUUACAGCUGAAAGAGAGUGGAUAUGACACAUUCUUGAGAGUCAGUAAAAAUAGUCUGUCCAUUGCUGCUGACACUAUGAUAAAGACUGCUGCCACGGUAAUCUUUCUUUAUUCUUAAACAAAUGUGGCACUCUGACAAACUCAGUUAUAUUUAAACUUCUCUUUCAGAAAGAGCACUUGAUUUAGAUGCCAGAGUGCUUAGGUUUUACUAGCUACCUAAAAAGCUGCUUAAGUAACAAGCAAAAAUUUAUACAUUUUGUUGUAGGGUCAAACUGUCCUGGCAGAGAAGCUACGUCAUUAUGGCACUGAUGUAACAGACCAUAGACAAGCCAGGCUUCGCAAGGCUAAAUCAUGGUAUGGUGGAAUGAAUUCAACAGACAAUGAUUAUGUGCCAAUUGAUGAAUCUGAAGAAUUUAGUCUCAUAGAAGAGAGAGAAGAGGAAGAGGAGGAGGAGAAUUCAGCCAAUCCUGACCCAGAGAGGUAUGUGCAGGAGAUAUUGUACAAGUUGUUAUUGGGGCAAUUUUAUCCCCUUAAUCAGCAUAACCAAGCUCAUAUUUCUCCAGUCUAACAUCUUAAGUAAGCCAGUUUUACGUUAAUUUUGUUUUUCACUUCUAGUAGCUGUAAUAAAGAAUGAAAAGCCUGUUAUGUGUUCUUCAACACUGGAAUAUUUUUAUGGACAGCUAUAUUCCUCUACAUGUUUGCUGACAGGAACUUACAUGGUUUUCAAUUGUUAACAAGGUGUUUUAUUAUUUUAAGCUUUUUCCCAUUUUUUCUUUUAGCGAAAAGCUAAGGGAUGAGUUAAAGGAGUAUCCAGAAGAAACUAAAACUAAAGGAAUGAAAAAAGCUUCCUCCUAUGGCUCAGACAUCAAUAGGUCAGCAACUCUUCCACGUUCACAUGGGGUAAGUUUGAUUUUAUCUCCGAGGUACAAUUUCUGGAAAAGUAACUAUUCCCCGGUAUCUGUGUAGCUAAAGAACAAUUUUGAGCUCUCUUGUAAGAUACCUGUUUGUUGUCUUCUGGUUUUAUUGUAGAGACCCUCAAACCGUCCAAGAGUCCAUGGCUCAGGCUAUGAUCAUGUUGAGGUAAAUUAAUGUUGUGUUACUCUUCAUAAUGAUAACUUAAUGAUAUUUUGGUGAUUGUGGGUAAAAAUUUGCCAAUUUGAAGGUUUUGUUCAAAACCUCCCUUACUUUUGUUUUCCAAGUUUGAGUUCUUUUUGUGAUGAUUGGAGUAAAACAUGAUAUUAAUUACUUUGAUUCAUAAACUUAAAAUAUAAAUGUAUUUUUAUCAUUACAGUCAACUACCCUCCCAAGGCAGUAUGAGGUGAGAUAAGCAGCAGUUUUAUUGCAAUGAAAAUGUUUCAUUGAAAAAUGUUGUUUUCAGGGGAGUAAGAAUGGUUGUUAUUAAUCCAACUGUUUGCUUUAAUUUGUAAUAAUACUUACCAAAUGAGCCGAUUUUAGCCAUGAAUUAAAACAUUGUUUUCAGUUUUACUGGAGAUAAUCUUUUAACCUUUAUUUUAAAUAAAUGUGUAUGUGAUUGCUAGUAAUUUGAAUAAUUUCAAUGUUUUAAAAGUUAAAAAAUUAAUUCCCUCAUAAUGUGGAAGUUUAGGUUAAGUUAAAAAAAUUAAAAUCCAAGAAUAUUUUUGAAUACUCAGCUAAAUACAUUGCUCCAAACAUGAAAAUCAAAGAAGUUGACAUCAGUCUUGAAUGAUAAAAUUAUUUUUCUUGUACCAAAAACCAUAAGAAAAAGCAGCAUACAUUUACUUUACACCAUAUAAUUUAUGGUGAUUAUGAAAAUAGUGUAAUUUUGUUUUAUGCCCUUACUUAAAACCUUGUCAUAACCUUGUUAAUUAAAUUUUCCUCAGAAGCAAGUUUCCCACCAUCAGUUCUCAGGCAUUUUUGUUGGCAAUGAGCUUUGAAUCUUGCUAAUAGUAGUUAUGUCACAGCAAGUGCCAUUGACCUAAUGGUCAAAGAAAAAGUCCACUUAUUAAGCAAACUCACACAACAGUUUAAUGUUAUGUGAAACUCGUUAAAUUUUUUAAUUGUCAUGUACCAUAGGUCUACCAGCAUGAUAAUUGGUAUCAGGUAGAGGGGCAAAAAUUAAAAGAAAAAAGAUUUUUAAUCAUGACUAACAGUGAAUUCUAUUAAGUGAAACACUGAUCCAUGGGAUGGUGUACUGGUUGAAAGUAAUACUAAUUUCUCAUUCCUCAAUUUUGAUUUUUUUUCCAAAUUAACUGUGGAACUCAAUAUUUCUGUGCUGGAAUUUGAGCUGUGAAACAUAGAUUACUUUGAAAACUGCUUUAUUUAAAAUAUAUUUCCCAUUUCUUACUCCUCAUGUUGUGCAAUUGAACUAUAUAUGUCAGUGUGUUCCUACCAAAGAUAGCCUUGACAAUACUAAUUGGUAGCUCUAUUAACCCUUUUGUUUCAGACCAGAACACAAAGCAGGACUCAAAGGAAGAUUGUCUAGAUCUCUACCAAGCAUCUCAUUUCCCCCUUUCUUAUUACUUUUUAUUACUUUGAACAGCAUGCCAGCUCAAGAGGUCAGCCUAGACGAAGUCAGAGGAUUAGAAAGCCACGUACUCUUCCUGUUGUUCCAAAUGCAUCAUAUGAGUGUUAGUUUAGGACAAGGAUAUGGUGUCCUGUGUAAAAAACCUCUUGCAUGUCAUGUUGGUGUAUAUAUUUUAAUUAAAUGCUUUUUGGGGCUUUGGCGAAAAUUAUCCAUUAUGUUGGCUUUUCCUUUUGUUCCUUCAUUUGAAAUUUGCUUCUGAGUAAAGUCAAGAUGUAGCAAAGUUGUUAUUAAUUGUAUUUCCCAAAUAUUUCAAAAUUGCUUGUCUAAGUAAUGGAAAGUAGAUUGUGUUUUCAGUAGUAUAAUUUUGCUGUAUUCUCAAAUACCAAUAUUGGUUCAUAAUUUUCCUGAGGACAUUUUAACAUAUUAACCAGUAUAUGUAUACCUGAUUACCAAUUUGAUUACUAUCCAUAGAUGUUUAUAUCUUUUAUCAUAUUUAGUCUCAUUUCUUAGCUUACUGAAACAAUGUUUAAGAAUUUCUGUCAAGUCUGUAUCAACCCACCUCAUUCUUUGUCAUGAGCUACCUUCUUUGUGAAGAAAAUUCACUUACCCUGUCUUUCUUGUAAACUUCUCUCUUCCUCCACUUGUUUUCUAACCAGGAAAGGGGCUAUUUAAGGGGAUUUUUGUAUUAUAAUAAAGAUUGGUAAAAUAUUUGUAAUUGGAUAGGAGAUCUUAGAGUAUUGUAGUCUGAUUGGUAAAGGAUGUUGUCAUUUCUGGCCAUAACCACCCAGUGUGAGCUGAUUGCAAUACCAAAGCAAUUAUCUUAAUCUCAGCAUUCUGUAAUGUUGCAAAAGGAGAAAAAAGAGGAAAUGCAAUUGCACUAAUUAUCACUUGUCAAUGAGUACUUAUACUGAAUGAACAAUUUAUUCUCCCCAGAUCCCUGUUCAUUUUGUCUGAGGGAUUAUUGGACAGUAUUCACUUUGCAUUCAGCAAUUGAUUCCUUCAGUGCAGGACUUCUUUCCUGUCUUUACAAACCAUUCCUGUCACCCCUCUGUGACCAAGAUUCCUAAAUCCUAGUCUUUAUAUUACUUCUGAAAUCUUUUAGUAGUGUACUUAUUUAUGUGGUUUUGAUUUUUGUCCUGAUAACAAUGUUCUUAUUUAUAUUUAAAUGUGUUAACAAUGCAAAAGAUAACUGGCUAAAAA